UUCCUAAUAGACAUUUGAUAAUAUGUCGGUAUUAUGGGCCUGACACGUGUGUCGAUGAAGUAUUCAUAAAACUACUGAAUUCUUGUCCUGCUAUCUUUACACGAAUUCUGAUUACGUCUAACAAAAAUACGUGCAUUAAUAGCCUGACAGUAUCUAUGAGUUCACGUACGGCUGUUUCAUUUUUACAGCUGAUUUAUCAACAUAUGUAUCCUGAAUAUACCGCAUUCUGACAUGUUAUGAUUCGGUUAAAUGUGAUUUACCAGCGGAAAGUUUUCCACUGGUGAUUGUUCCUGCGAGAUCAUAAGUAAGAGAGGAAUUAUCUCUGCGCCGGGAAUAGCUGCAACUUUGCGGGUGUACAAUCGAGAUCAUUAUCAGAUUAAUUCUGACAGUCGUAUAUCGUGAAACGCAAAACGUGUCAAAAAGACGCUUGGACGCCAUGAUGGACGGCAUAUGCGAUACUGCCGAUAUUUUAAGUAACGUUCCUCCUAAAAAGACAAUUCAUGCAGAUAAUGUAGACCUUUCCGAUAAGUCACUGCAAGUGGACAUUUCAGAUGCUCUUAGUGAAAAGGAUAAAGUGAAAUUUACUGUACAUACAAAGACUACUUUGCCUGAUUUUCGAAAGCCAGAUAAUUUAGUUGUGAGACAACACGAAGAAUUUGUAUGGUUACAUGAUCGAUUUGAAGAGAACGAGGAAUAUGCUGGCUAUAUUAUCCCUCCUUGUCCACCACGACCAGAUUUUGAUGCAUCUCGGGAAAAGUUACAAAAACUUGGAGAAGGUGAGGGUAAUAUGACUCGUGAAGAAUUUAACAAAAUGAAGCAAGAAUUGGAAGCCGAGUACUUAGCUACAUUUAAGAAAACUGUUGCCAUGCACGAAAUGUUUUUAACUAGACUAGCAAACCAUCCAGUUUUUCGAAACGAUCAUAAUUUAAGAGUGUUUUUAGAAUACGAUCAAGAUCUUUGUGUAAGAGGUAAAAACAAAAUGGAAAUGUUUGGGGGUUUAGUGAAAUCUUUCUCAACCACUACGGAUGAAUAUUAUUUAUCUGCAACAGUAAAAGAUGUAAAUGAUUUUUUUGAUCAGGAAAUGUCGUUUUUGCAAAUAUAUCAUCAGAAUUUGAAAGAAGCAACAUCUCGUGCAGAUCGCCAAACAGCUAAACAUAAAGAUGUGGCGGAUUCCUAUAUAAAGAUUUCUACAAAUCUUUUACAAUUAGCUACAAUUGACAAUGGUAAACUGGAGAGAUUCUUAACGAAAAUUGCAGAAACAUUUGAAAAGCUAAGGAAAGUUGAGGGCAGAGUAGCAUCUGAUGAGGACUUAAAAUUAUCAGACACUCUUUGGUACUACAUGAGGGAUACUGCUGCAGCCAAACGGUUGCUUUUUAGAAGAUUGAAAGCUUUACAUGCGUAUGAAUCUGCGAAUCGCGCUCUUGAGAAAGCUCGUGCCAAAAACAAAGACGUUCAUGCUGCAGUGGAGGUUGCUGAGGCAGAAAAGGCUCAAACAGAAGCGUGCGAAAAAUUUGAGCAAAUGUCAGAGAAAGGAAAAGAAGAAUUAACGGAUUUCAAAACGAGGAGAGUAGCUGCUUUUAGAAAGAAUUUAAUUGAAUUAACAGAAUUAGAAAUAAAACAUGCGAAAGCACACGCGGAAUUGCUCAAAAAGUGUUUAUCAGUUUUACGGGAACAGUGAUCCAGAUUGAUAAUUCUCGUGGUAAAGAUUACCAUGUAAUCUAUAUGAAGAUAACAAUUUAUUUAAAAACCAUAGUAAAGUAAUGGUACUGUAAAAUAUAUAUUUUUUGUUAUCUAGAUUUACAUUACUACGAUAAAAAUAUCGUAUUAUCAAUUGCAAAAGGACUCCACGUGUAAUUCAUUGAACGAUGUUAUUUACUAUUUUCAAAUUGUAAAAAUUUAUGUACAUGUUACAACUGUUUAUGUUUGAAAAGCAGUUAUUUUUUUCAUAAAACUUUCUUGAUGAAAUAUUUGAUUCAAAAUGGCGUAGCAAAGAUACAUUUUAUCGAGUUCUUUUGUAAGUUUAAGUUGAUAAUCUGUUAUAAGAUCCUUUAUAUUAUAUAUGUAUAUCUGUCAUGUAUAUGUACAAGGUGUUUUUUAACGUGUGUUACAUUCAGGAAAUAAGAGAUUCAUGGUAUAGAGGUAAGAUCUAAAAGUACGCGUAUAUUUUUGAAAAAGGAAGGGAAAAUAGAAACGGUUUCAAGGAUUUGAAAGUUUUAUAAAACUAAUUCUUAAGGAUAAAGGAAGUAGUCAGUAGAUAUUUAAAUGCUCACGUAAAGGUUAAAAAGUAACAAGUUUCGUGAAAUGAUAUUCUAAAAUAUUUUUGUUUGAAAACGGCAAGAAUUACAUUUAUUUUCAACGAAUCUUUUAUUUCCAAAAUUUAUCACAUUUUAUGAAACGUCCUGUAUAUUACAACUCUAUGCAUACGUGUACUUGCGUAUUCGUAUGAACGAGUUACCUAAAGGGGAACAUUUGAAUCACCUUGUUGAUUUUGAAAGCUAAACAGCAAAAUUAUAAACCUGCAUAAUUGAUUUGGAAGGUGAGGUGUAUAAUGAUAGAGAAAGUAUUAUUAUGAAGUAAUUUUCUUUUUUCCAAAUUUCUCAGGUUAACUAAAGAAUUAACAUAAAUUAGUACAUACGAACUUUUAAGAUUUUUAUAGAUAGAUUAGCAUGUUGUAUACUGUUAAAUCAAUUUACAAUAUUUUGUUUGUUCAAUAAAUUAUAGUUGUAUAAAGGUA